GCACGUAUGAUUGUUCAUUGGUGGUGGUUGUGGUUGGGAAUAGCACCGUUUUGGUGGUUUGGAAAUAACAAUUUAACUUUUUGUAUAUAGUUGAGAAUCGACUUUUUUUGGUUAAUGUACUAUUAAAUGGUUCGAAGAUGACUAUUCUUUCAAAAAAGAAGGUAAAUCAAGGAAAACCAGAAGAACCCUCGGAUUCUUCAGCUCAUCAUGGAGGAUCUCAUUCUCGUACGUUGGCUAUGGGAUCAAUGCCAAAUCAUUCUCAGAGCACAGAGACUAUGGGUCACUCAUCGCCAUGCUGGUCAAGAGGAGAGAAGAGAGCAUCCCAUUGCUCCACACCUCAUUUUGAUGAUUAUGAAUCACAUGAGAGUGGACCUAGUCAGAGCAAACGUCGUCAUCGUGCCAGUCCUCACAGGACAACUCGCAGCAAACUGCGGGAAAGAAAUGCUGCAUCACCACCAACAUUUCCAGGUAGCAGCAGUGUUGCUGGGUCCUCUCCAACAGCAGGGCCAUCUGGAGUGAUGGAUGAACUAGUGAGUGCAAGCGGGUACAACAGUGGUGAUGAAUAUGGACCUUGUGAAUCAGGACAUCUCACAGAAACGGAGUGGCUCGAGAGAGACAGGUGGUUUGAGAAAAGCAUUAGGAGGAAGGGCUUCAUCAUUAAGCAGAUGGAACAAGAUGGGGCUUGUCUGUUUCGUGCCGUGGCUGACCAGGUGUACGGUGACCAGGAAAUGCAUGCUGUUGUUAGAAGUCAUUGUAUGGAUUACAUUGCAGCUAAUGGGGAUUACUUCUCUCAGUAUGUCACCGAGGACUUUGACACCUAUGUUGAUAGAAAAAGACAUGAAUAUGUUCAUGGGAAUCAUAUUGAAAUGCAAGCUAUGAGUGAAAUGUACAACCGUACAGUUGAGGUGUUCUCCUAUGGAACAGAUCCUAUAAAUAUUUUUCUGGGUAAGCACAAGAAUGACAGUGAACCAAUCAGGCUGUCAUAUCAACGUGGGAGUCAUUAUAACAGCAUUGUUGAUCCAUAUAAAGCCACUAUAGGAGUUGGCCUAGGUCUUCCCAGCUACACUCCAGGUCUUGCUGAAAAUAACCUGAUGAAGGAGGCAGUGAGUCAGAGUGAACAUUUUCAUGUGGAGCAGGCAAUGUUGGAAGAUAAGCUACGUGCUACAGACUGGGAAGCUACAAAUGAAGCAAUUGAGGAGCAGGUUGCAAGGGAAAGUUAUUUGCAGUGGCUCAGAGACAAUGAGCAGAGAAACAAGAAUAUGCAACGGGCAACAACUGCAACUUCCAGUACAGCAACAGUCACCUCAGAUAACAAUCGCACAUCACCACGUACAAGGGUUGCAGGACUAAAUUCUCCCUCACCUCCAGAGUCUCAUCGCAACUCCCCCAAAGUUGUGGAUGCACAGCACUUCGCAGAUGAUGCAACUGCAUGUUCUUCAUCAGCUGGAUGCAGCUGGAAUGAGAUGCCAAACUCCAGGCAGGGCUUUGACAUUCUUGAAACAGCCUCUUUUCUCAACCACUUCUCUCCAGAGCUGUUCGGUCUAAAUGAAUGGGAGGAUGGCAUCUUGGCGCAAGUGUUAGCUAGAUCACAGCAGGAGUACAUUGACAGAUUGAAGAAAGCUCGGGACAGCAAUGACAACAGUGAUUCUGUGAGUUCAAACAGUUCUAAUGGUGAUGUUCAGGGACCUUCAACCUCAAGGCUUAGGUGAAAAUCAGUCAGAAGAAUGCUAUGCAACAGGUGGUGAAUGUGGGGUUUGCAGGCUGUAGUCAUCUGUUUCUUGGCUGGAUCCAGCCACUGCUCAUGAAGGAAACUGCUCAUGCUACUGCCAAGCAACAGCGGGGUUCCUUGGUUGAAAGCUAUCUCCACCGCCCCAUUGUUCUAUUUCCCUGUGAAGGUCAAGGUUUAUAAGAAAAAGAAUGUGUAAUAGAAAUUGUGAGUAGUCCAGAACUAAAGCCUUUAGUGCCGUAAUAGCUGACAGAAAGAAACAUUUUAACGUUCAGUUCAUUAACCCUGUACACGUGAAAGUAUGAGUCUUGUGGAUGUAGUUUAUUACCAUGUGGUGUGCUCCUGUAACAGAAUAUUGUUUUUAUGUGACACUAUGUCUCCCAGGUUCUUGCGUGCGUGAUUGACUGUGGUUCUCACGUGGAUAAACAGCAGUAGAUAAAAAGUAAGAAAUGUUUAAGGUAAACAAAAAAUUUUCCAGUUUCCCUCUUUAUGUAACCCUUAUUCUUAUUCAGUGCUCUAUUUUUCUCACAGAAGAAAUUUUAUAGAUCCUAUUAAGUAGAGAAUUUUUCUUUUAGAAGUUACCACUUUUACAUGCUUUUGUGACAUACUUGCCUAAUGGAGUAAAUGUGAAAGAAUGUUUGCUUAAUACCAGCACCUGUUAUGUGCAGUAUUAGAUAAAACAGUGACUGUCAGCAGACUUUUGUUUUCUGGUUUUAGCAUAAGCUUGAACCCUGACUAAGUUCUCACAGUUGCGAAUGCAAUGGUAAAUAAGAAUGCACAUGAAUGGUGUGUAAACGUGUUAGUGAUGUAGGAACUUGGUGUAUUUGUUCUUCAUUUCUCUGAAUCUAAUAUAUAUUUAUAUUACUUUUUCUAGGUUAAACGUUUAAAAUGUUGUUAAUCCUUUAUAUUAACAUACAAAUCUGGACAUUUAAUCUGUUAUUGGAACUUUCUUUUUGUUCCUGUCAGCACAACUUUCAAACUUUGAGAGGACCAUUUCUCUGUCUACCCCCCUACCCCCCUUCCUCCCCAUGAAUGAGUCUGUGAUAUUUAUACAGUUGCUGUUCACAUGAAUAGUUCAGCAACAGUUAAAAUACAGUUUUAUUUUUUAGACAGUUGAAAUAUAGUUUGAUGCUUCUAGGAAACAUUAUGGUGAAACCCCCAUUUGAGAUUUCUUUGGGGGCCAGUGAAUUUGAACACUGACCUGAAGAAUAUCUUAAAUGUGGGAAAUGUAACAUUGAGAUUAUUGACUUGUGAUCAUUGAAAUUGGAUGUUUAAUGAGGGAUAGCCUUAAAUAAGAGAAAUAUUAAAUAGGGGUUCCACUGUAUAUAUUCAUAUCCCAUUAGAAUUCUGUUUUUAUAUGCAGUCUCUUGAGUGAUUAUUUUUUUAUUUGCCCAGGGGAUGAGUCCUACAUCAGUGCCUCUAAUGUAGUGUUCUACAUAUUUAAAAGCAUAUUCAUUGUAAUAGCAUAGCACUUAAAAUAUGAACAUUUAUUGUGGUGCUAUCUUCAAUUUCAGUCAUUGUACUGGAAGGUUUGAUACUUGAUAAUGAAAUAUUAUAUCAUUAUAUAAUGAUCAUAAUGGAAUUAAUAACAUUCCUAAUUUGAGCACCAUAUUGUAUUAUAUGUGCUAUUUACAAUCAUUAAUAGCUCCUGUGUGUAUAGAGAGAUUUAUGUAAUGGUUGAUGCAUAUGUCCAUAAAAACAGUCUGUUAACAAGAAGUUGUAUAACAAUGACCAUGUACUUCAUGUGUAAUAAUCUGCACCUAUUUCAGUGUAGAUGGGAUAGAUAAGUUGUUAAUGUGAAGAGAAAUAUAUUGAGUCUUUAUGUGCCCUGCGUCCAUGUACAUUUGAAUGUGAGUGCAUACACACACUUGGUGAUUUUUCUUUCAGAGAGAAUCUGUGCUGUACGUGGGAGAUCCACUGAGAUGUCUUUGUCCUGCUCUUGUCAUUUUUAUGGAUAGGAUAUGUAUGAGACCCCAUUUCUUGUCUUUGGACUACUCACCUUGUGUCAUAAGUAGGAAAUACACUAAAAUAAAUUGCUUUGACACUAAUCUGUAGUAUUGUUAUGAGGAUGAUGUUUGUACACUGAAUUUGAAAUAUAAUUAGUAUGGCUUGUAAUGUGAACUUCAUUCUAAUGACAAAAAGAAAAGACAUUGGCACCCUCAGUAUAUUCAAGUUAUGUGUAUGGGAAUGUUUCAUAUAAAAAAAGUGGAUUCUUUCCGGCACUUUGCUGUUAAUGAACAAUUUCUAGCCAGUUGCAUUUAUUUUGCACAGCUGUAAUAGCAAAUUUGUUCUCCAAGCUGUUGUACAGGAGGCAGUCCAUGAAGGUGCCAUUGAACCAUACCCUGCACCUUUUCCAUAUUUGGGACAUAGAAGACUGCAUUCCAGAGUCUCAAAACUUAAUGUCUGAAUAGAGAGAUGAGAAAAUCAAGCUUCUUGGUUCAGAUAACUCUAAAGAUAUCAAGAAUGUACAAUUAUUCCUCACUAUUUUCAUGUCUACAUAACCAUUUCAAGCAACUUUGGAACUGUUAGCAUAACAUAUCAGUUCUGAUGCAUUCACUUUCCUGUGGACAGCAUAAUAUUCAUUUUGUUUCAUUAUCUUGAAAACCGUGACAUGUAUUGGAUAUGAAAUGUGAGUUUCAUUUCUAUUUACAACUUUUGUUCAAAACAGUUUUCUUUCUGUUAAGUAUUCGACAAGUUCAUGUGGGCUUUGCAUGAGAUGCACACAGAAGAGCAAUUUGGUACUGCCCCUUAUCAUUGUCAGAUUUUAACCAAAAUUGAAAUAUGUUGACAUGUCUUAGUCAAAUUCGCCUCUUUCAUAUUUCAUUAAAGUAUGUUUAGUGGUUCACAGUUAGAUACAACCAGACAUAUCUGGACAGACAAACAUGGCAAGGCUAAUAUGGGUGUGUUCACAAGUUUUCAUUGUAAAUGCCUAAAAAAGUAAAUACAGUGGUGCCUGCAUUAUUCCUUAAAUCAUUGUGCCAUAUAGUGAUAUGUAAUUAAAAGGUGGGCUUGAAAAUUUUAUAUUUAAAUCAUUUUCAGAUAUUACAAAUACUUGUUAUAAUGAGCAUUUUUACAAACUUAUCAAUUCUCAUUAUACCAAGGUUGCAAUGUAUUCCCACUCUUAUGUGUGGCCUAAGUAUAAAUUAAAAGUUAUUGCUUGAUUUCAUAGUCACAGUCAAAGUGGUUUGGUUUUCCUACCCAGAAAAUAAAUAGACAAGAAAACAAAAACAGAAGUUUACUUGGUAUCAUUUUGAUACGCCAGUAAAUACUGUAAAUUUUUGUUUAUUAUUCGGAACUAUAUUUGAGUUCAUGUGAAGUGACAUAUGCAGCUGAAAGAAUUUUUAUGGAGUUGUACGUUUUAAGGCAACAUGGGAGUUUAUAUUUGCAAAAGCAAUGGUUCUUCUUAAACAUUUGUUACAUCUGAUCUUUACUUUGAUAGAUAUAUGUGGUCUGUCCCAAAAGAAACUGAACUUUCUUUUUAAAAUAUUUAUUGAUAAGCUUACAACUUAAGAAUACUUGUGUCCUUCAAAGUACUCCCCUCCAUUGUCUAUACACCACUUCCAACGUUUUUUCCAGUUCUGGAAUGCGUUUUUUGGGAUAGCGCAUAGGUCCCGUAGCAAAUUUUCUUCUACCUCUUCUAUCAUCUCAAAUCGGCGACCUUCCAGAGUAGAUUUCAACUUUGGGAACAGAAAAAAGUCUGCAGGGGCCAAAUCUGGAGAGUAGGGCAGUUUGGGUGAUGACAUUUGUCUCAUGCUUCACCAAAAAUUCAUGGAUGAGGAGCGACAUAUAAGCAGGUGCGUUGUCGUGGUGCAGCAUCUAGGUCUUGUUUCUUCAGCCCUUAGGCCUCUUCCUUCGCUCUGCCUCCCUCAAACACUUCAUGACCUCCAAGUAAAACUGUCCAUUGACUCUCUGACUACGUGGAACAAACUCUUGCUGAACAAUGCCCUUCCCAUAAAAAAAAAUGAACAGCACCUGCACAUUUGAUCGACUCUGAUUUUCCCACCCAAUACAACGAUUGAGCCUUUUUUUUAUAUCAUACCUGUACGCCCACUUUUCAUCACCUGUUACAAUAUUUUUCAGAAAGUUUUCAUCAGCAUUUGAACGAUCCUGACUGACCGUGACAUGGUUCACUUCUUGCUCAUCUAUCAAAAGACAUGGCACAAAUUUUGCAGCUACACAGUGCAUCUCCAGUUAUUUGGUCAAAAUUUUACUGAUGCCUACUUCUUCAGAAUCUUCUCUGGAAGAGUUAAGCAGCGAUUUUCACGAAUCACAGCACGCACUUUCUCAACAUGAUCAUUGUCCGUUGAUGUAGAAGGCUGUCCAGGUUUGGUAUCAUCUUCGGUGGAAGCUCUGCCCGAUUUGAAACGAUGGUACCAUUGUAACAUUGUGUAAGGCUUAAGCAACCCUCUCCAUAAGCUUGCUUCAAUGUCUGAAAAGCCUCUGUAAAAUUUUUUGCCAAUUUAAAACAGAAUUUUGUGCAGACAUGUUGCUCUUCAAGGUCCUUCAUGUUUCAACUUGCAAAAGACACAAGAGACAGGUUCACUCUACCGUACUCGAUGACUAAUUGAUAUGACAUGAUCGUGCAUGUGUCAGGUUAAAGUUUAAGGUCACCGCUACACAGCGCCACUGUCGCGAGUCACCUGUGUUGGCUCGUUGGCGCCCUAUUUAACAAGUUCAGUUUCUUUUUGGACAGACCAUGUAUGUAUUAUUUGUGUAUUGCAUUGUAAAUCUAAUAGAACUGAAAAUAGUAUGGAAGUUUUUCAGUU